UUCGAGAAACGAGAAUACUGGAGUUGCCUGAUGAAGCUCUGUGCUGUGCGGUUUCACCAGAUGGCAAGUUCGUAAUAAUUGGUCUGCUAGACAACACUGCAGGAGUUUACUUCUUUGACACGCUGAAGUUUUUCAUUUCACUCUAUGGUCAUUCCUUACCUGUAACGUGUGUUACAGUAAGCCCAAACAGCAAACUAGUUGUGACUGGCUCUGCGGACAAGUCAAUAAAAAUCUGGGGACUCGAUUUUGGUGACUGCCACAAGUCUUUUCACGCCCACGAUGACGUUGUUUCGGCUGUGCUGUUUUCACCUUCUGAAGAGUUGCUCGUUUGGUCAGCCGGUAGAGAUGGUAAAAUUAAGCAGUGGGAUGCACAGAAGAUGUCUCGUGUACAGGUUUUGGAUCGUCACUCAGCUGAAGUCCGCGCGUUAGCGCAAACGGACAAUGGUAGCUCGCUGUUCUCAGCAUCGCAUGACAAAUCUCUUCGAUGUUGGGAACUGACUGAGGAGCUAAUUGUUGUACAGGAAGAAGAAGAAAUGGAAAGGGAAAAAGAUUACGAAUCCCGCCUCCUUGAAGAAGAAGAUGUGGUAUCUGGUGAGGUGGCUGAACCUGAGGCUGGCUUAGCGACUGUCAAGAAUACUCAAAGCAUAGCAUCGGCGGAAAACAUCAUUGAAGCAGUAGACAUUGUAAGGAACGAAAAGGUCCAAGUGAAGGAAAAUCCUGAGCAUGAAGCUCAUCCUCUGAUCAAAGCUUACAACAGCAAGUCUUAUGACCACUUUAUCAUCGACGUUCUGUCACGAUGUAGACCGAGCAAUCUGGAACGGUGUUUGCUCAUGGUUCCUUUGAGCUACAUUGCUGACAUUCUCACAGCAGUUUCUGCUUGCGUACAUCAACACUACAAAGUUGAACUUGCCGUGCGAGUAGCGAUAUUUUUGAUAAGAAUACAUCAGAACCACAUCAUCAACUCUACAGAAAUGCUUCCAGUAAUCGAGAAAAUUAGUUCGGAAAUAGAAGUACUGUUAGCUACGCUACUC